CUCUAUUAAGUCAGGCGUACUAGUCUAUGGCGCUUGUCAACUAUUACAUCAUCAAGCCCUUCCCUUUCAGGUCCCAGUGGUGUUAUUGUUAAGCCGUGGAGCAAUUCCAAUAGGACUUAGAAAGUUUACCUCAAUCAAAGUGUUACCAUACAGGCUUUAUUUACGUUCUCAAUGUGAAAACUUCUUGCAUGUGAAGUUACAGUGUAAACUAUCGGGUCAUUUGUGAAUAGAUCGAUUUAUUUCUAGUUUUUUUUUUUAAGCACGUACAAAUGGAAGUAAGUCACAGCACUAUAUCCACAUAGUUUGGACUUCAAAUAAGACAUCGCCAAAUUCAAGUACGCUGCCAGUUUGCGUAUUUUCACCUGUGCACAUUCUUGGAACGAUAGGUUGACAUCUGUCAACAAGGUUAUAAUUACGUUAUAUAAAUAUCUAGUUCAUUAUUAUUCAUUACUUAAAGUACAAAGGAAGUACAGAUGACGAAAUCAAAGGUAAGUUGUUUGUGUGUUUUUUUUUUCCUUGUACUCUUUGUAUCACUUAACUUACCUGUGCGGUUCUCAACCUGUGGGUCGCGAUGGCUUUGGCCCGGGGGUGGGGGGUGUCGAAGGACCCUUGCAAUAAGACCAUCAGAAAACACAUAUGUAUGAAGUAGAAACGAAAAUAAUUGUAUUUUGGGGGUCACUACACCACGAGGAACUGUAUUAAAGGGUCGCGGCAUUAGUAAGGUUGAGAACCACUGACUCACCUUGUUUGUCUGACUAAAUCUUCUGUCUAAAUAACUUAAUUGUUUUCAAGUUAAGUUUAGUUCAAUACAAUUUUAUAUCUGUUGUUUACCUUUCAUGCAUAAAGGUAAGACACUUUCACUUUAUGAAUAUUGAAAUUAUAAUUGAAAAUCUGGAAAUUUCCGUAAUAGUGUGGUAUGAUUAGCUAGGUGUGUCCUAUAAAUAACUUUUAUUGUUAUAUUUACGUGUCAUAGUUAAACAUAUCAGGAGCUCAUUUCACACUUCAUUUGUUUCUAAAUACAAGAACAUGUUCUUUUUUUUAAUAGAAAAAGGUAUGCUAAUGUGCUUUAAUUGAAGUAGCCAUUGUUUAAAUGAACUUAACACAUAAACUGAUUUUGGAUUUUUAAUUUGAUAUUUGGAUUUAAAAAUAAAUUGAUCGCCCAUUUGAGCAGUUUUGGGGAUGAUAGUCAUCAGAGGAGCGGGGCAGAAAUUAACUACACGCCACAUUAUUUCAUUUAUUUUUGAAGAUUUUAACUGAUUUAACUAGAACAAACUAUUAGCAUUCAACAAGUCAUGUGAAGAAUUUUAACUAUUUUGUUUUAAUAUUCACAAUUAUUAAUUUUUAAUAAUAAUUAACAACUUAAGCUUUUCAUAUUGACGCCGUUUCAAAUUUAGUAGGUUUAGAGUAUAUUAUAUAUACACUUUUAAGGUAGUCUCAUCUCAUCAAUCAACUGUGGUGCUAAAGCAAAUGUAGGGCUUUGGUCUGCCUCACCACUUCCUUCCACUCAGACCUAAAUGAUGCUUUUUUUUUUCCAUGCUUUGACUCGCAGCUGCUGUAGAUCUUUUUCCUUGUCACCCAUCCAUCUAAGCAUUGGUCUGCCUUGGAGCAGGUUUUUGGUGGUGUACCCUCUUCACGCCUCUGUUAUUUGGCAUUCUUUCUAAGUGUCCUGCCCUUUCUAUUAUUUUUGCUACCAGCGUGGGAUCCUGAUGUAUACUAUACAAAUCUCAUCUCAUAGCUCCGAUAAAAACACUGAAGUGACGAUUAAAUUGAUUUAUAAUAAGUUUCAUUUUAUUGUUACAGAUGGAUACAAGGAAAAACAACCAGGUUACCAUGAGAGUUGGUAUUAGCCUCGCCAUAGGGACUAUUUUGUGCGCACUUCCAACACUAGGUAUGUUAUCACACGGAACAGGUGCGGUUGAACUUGUGUUUGACCAUAUGCUAAGACUUGGUGCAUUCAUCUCGGUAUAUAUAAAAUUAUUUUAAUGUAGUUUAUAUUGUAAUUUAUACAUGCUAGUUUCGUGUUCGUUGCAGUGUCACUAGUAGUGGUGUCACCUGCUGCUGUCCGUGUGACAUUAGCAAUAUAGUCACCUGCUGCUGUCCAUGUGACACUAAUGGUGCGUCACCUUCUGCUGUCCAUGUGACAAUUGUGGUGGCAUCACCUGAUGCUGUCCGUGUGUCAUUAGUGGUAGUGUCACCUGCUGCUGUCCAUGUGACAAUUGUGGUGGCAUUACCUGCUGCUGACCGAGUGACACUAGUGGUGGUGUCACCUGCUGCUGUUCGUGCGAUACUAGUGGUGGUGUCACCUGCUGCUGUCCGUGUGACACUAGUGGUGGUGUUACCUGUUGUUGUCCGCGUGACACUAAAACUGAUGUCACCUGCUGCUGUCUAUGUUACACUUGUGGUGGUGUCACCUGCUUCUGUCCGUGUGUCACUAAUGACGACCUCACCUGCUGCUGUCCGUGUGUCACUAAUGGUGACGUGAACUGCUGCUGUCCGUGUGACACUAAUGGUGACGUCACCUGUUGUUGUCCGCGUGACACUAAAUGUGAUGUCACCUGCUGCUGUCUAUGUAACACUUGGGGUGGUGUCACCUGUUUCUGUCCGUGUGUCACUAAUGACGACGUCACCUGCUGCUGUCCGUGUGUCACUAAUGGUGACUUCAACUGCUGCUGUACGUGUGACACUGGCGGGGUUGUCACCUGCUGCUGUCCGUGUGAAACUAGCGGUCGUGUCACCUGCUGCUGUCCGUGUGACACUAAUGGUUGUGUCACCUGCUGUUGUCCCUAACAUAGAAUGACGCCUAUUUAUAUGAAUUGUGUUGUGCGAAAGUUUAGUAGAUACAUUUUUUCCCCAACCUAUCCCUCUUUUUUCCCCACGAAAGUAUUCUUCAGUGAGCGGAAAAUACCCAUAGAUAGAGAGAAAAAAUAACGGCUCUGACGAACACCAGGCCCGUUCUUAGGCACACGCUGACUUCGCAUCCGCGUAGGGCCCCGAACGUGAAGGGGCCCCCGUGAGGCACCCUUCAUACCCCGGUUUUUUUUUUAACUGGCACUGCAGCCGUCUGUGUCACUCACGUUACCUUCCUCAUUCUGAAAUUUAUCAUUCUGAGUUGAAUUCGGAGGCAGGGGAAGGGAAGCAACAGGGGGGAGCUUUGGGGUUGGCAUAUAGGCAAACUAGGCAACCGCCUAGCGCCCCACUACCACCUGCAUGUCCAUAUAUUUCAAAAGUACACAUUUUCUCUAGUGGCGGAAUUAUCAAUAUGGUUAGUGGUUACACGCGAGCAAAGAGGAAACAUUGAUGAAGGCAAAAUGGAGGUGCCACAGUGGUGGGUGGUGUUUUCUCCUCAGCUCGAUGGAGCUUCACCCCUGGACCCACCCCCCCCCCCCCCCCCCCCCCCCCCCCCCCCCACCCCCCCCCCCACCCCCCCAGGAAACAUUGAUGAAGGCAAAAGGGAGGUGCCACAGUGGUGGGUGGUGUUUUCUCCCCCGCUCGAUGGAGCUUCACCCCUGGACCCCCCCCCCCCCCCCUUUCCGGGACCUCCAACCUACGCUCCAUGCUUAGGGCCCCCAAACUCCUAAGAACGGAUCUGCGGACACAUAUCCAUACUCGUCUCUCCCAUUUUUUUUCCUACGCUAGUUAUGUGCCAUCUUUGUUGAGUGAACCAGAUUUCGAUAAAUGAUAAAAUGUAAUGAUGAUAAAAGUCAUAUGUACAUCUCUCAACAGGCUUGACAAGUCCAGUCAUCUACGACGGACAGAACACGUGCGAUCAAAAUAAACCAAAGAUAUGCCCGUACUAUAAGAACUGCUGCCGUCUGUCGCAAUACUGCAGUGACAGGUCAAGGGCGUGUGAACCCUGCUUUCCUUCAACAAUGGACAUACAGGAAUGGUUCACCAUGUGCCAGACACUAGGCGUCCACAACGUCAGCUGGCUGUCUCACGAAACUUGCGUCCUGGCGUGUCUGGACAUUUUUACUUACGAGGAAUUAUAUUCAACGGAGAGUAAGUAUGACGUAAAUGGCAAGAGCUACAUAUAUUAAGUAUGUUAAGUAUUCUAGCUCAGUGCAUGUAAUACAUUAAUCUAGGGCUUAACCGGGAACGAUUGUUUUCAACCGGUUGGUUAGGUGUUUUGUAAAAAAAAAAGAGUUUACUUCUUCUUUUCUAUAAUACAUGUUGGCCUUUAAACAAUAGGCCUACAAGCAGUCCUACACUCUAAUUGUUGGCAACAAAACAAUAGGCCUACAAACAGUCCUACUCUCUACCUAUCGGAAACAAAACAAUAGGCCUACAGAUAGUCUCGCUCCGUACCUGCCAGCUUUUAAAAUAGCAGUCCCACAGACAGUCCUACGCCCUACCUGUCAGCCUUUAAACAAUAGGUCUACAGACAGUUCAACAGAUUGUCUUACAGACAGUCCUGCACCAUACCAGUGGCUCUUUAUUGAAUAGUAUUGAAUUCUCCUACGACAAAAUCCAAUAGUCUUACCUAAGUUCAACCGUCACGCACGACGCUCGCUUCUUGGCAGUUUAAAAAAAAAUAUAUACGUUUUUAUUUGUUACUAAGUACUAUUAGUACAAACUAUGUUCAGUACGGGAAAGGCAGGUUAUUCAAACAAAGCAGCCACACCAGACCAAAUUGUAUGCAAGAGAUAAGUAGGGGGCCAUGGAUACUGAUAAAGUAUUAAAGUUCCGUGCAUUUAUGUAAAAUGGCUCAGUUUAUCUUGAGUAACCUCGAGCCAUUUAACAGAGAAAAGCUUAAAUUUUUUUUUUUUUUUAAAAGUUUGUCUACAAGCAAUUAUAACAAAAUAAAACGACUCUACAACGAAAUUGUAGUGUCUCACGAUUUAGACUUUAUUCUAGCAACACGUUCGGAAAUAACUCUUCUCAAAAUUGACUGUCAACCUUCUACUUCUAAAAAUUAACUGUCUACCUUCUACCUCUCAAAAUUAACUUUCUACCUUCUACUUUUCAAAAUAGUCAAGAAUUCCGACCACUGUAUAUUGAAAGAAUAUUAGUGGACUAUGAGUAUACAAUCUAUGCUUUCCCCGGAAUUUUUACAAAAAUAUUUUUUUUCCAGACGGCACGACUCAUGCGACAGCAAGUGCUGGACGCAGCAGUGAUACAAGUGACGAGCUGCAGGAUUGUAAGGACAAUAAUCGAAACUUGAGUAAGAGAGGACAUUUGAAUUUAACUUAAAAUAUUUGCUUGGGUGUAAGUUUGUUUUGUCUCUUGUUGUGUCACAGCAAGUUGAGAUCAUUUCCUUUUUAAAAACUACCCAGAUUAAAAACAAAAAUGAAAUUUGUGGAAACAAGAUGUGGGAAAAUCUGGACAAAAGAAACGAAAAAAAAAAACCUGAAUGAGUCGACAAGAAGCCUUCUUAAGUGAAGAGUUAAAACAAAGAGUACCGGUAAUACAAAGAUACAAAUUAAAAAUUAACAUUUAGCUCAAAUGUAUGUAUCUGAGAGGACAGAAGGAAAACACAUUCUUCUUGCUAUUUUCCUGUUUUGUUUGUGUUGCUUUUUUUUUGGUUGGGUUUUUUUUUUUUUGUGCUCUAUUUUUGUUGCGUCCUUGUACAAGGUUUUCACACUUUUAUUUACACGUAUCACAUUUCACACCUGAUUGCAGUCUCUCCCACUCAAAUGUAUGUAUCUGAGAGGACAGAAGGAAAACACAUUCUUCUUGCUAUUUUCCUGUUUUGUUUGUGUUGCUUUUUUUUUGGUUGGGUUUUUUUUUUUUUUGCUCUAUUUUUGUUGCGUCCUUGUACAAGGUUUUCACACAUUUAUUUACACGUAUCACAUUUCACACCUGAUUGCAGUCUCUCCCACUCAUAAGCAUGAAAACCAAAAUAUUGCUUUUUAUUUGAUUUUAGUUACUUUAAGCAGAUUUAAGACAUCCAAAUAUUUUAUUUACUGUAAGCAGCUUAUAGACAGCUAAUCACAUGUUUUCCUUACUGUAAGCACGUUAUUUAGAGCCAAUCAUAUAUUUUACUAAUUGUAAGCAGAUUUUAGAUAGUCAAUCAUAUUUGUUCCUUACUUUGCUCAACAGUUUUCAUCUUCGCUGCAUUUGCGAUUGUCUUAGUCAUGGGUUGUGCUUGCAGAUGUGCACUGAAAAACGGUAACUAACAUUGCUUAUACGAAACACUGUUUACCAAAAUAACGUGUGACAUCUACGGAUUAAUACGGUCGUUUCUAAAUCACGUGAUAUGCCUCAAAACAGAUUUCAGUGUUAGUGCGUAUUUCUAUCAUGUGUGUGUGUGAGCGUUAUAUGUGACUGACAACCAAAUUAACUGCAAAUAUAUAUAUAUCUAUAUAUAAAUAUAUAUAGCAUAUAGAUAUAUGUAGCAUCCUUCCGUCUUCGCGAGAAUAUGGAGUAGCUAUGUACACUUCAACAAAUGGCUUACUAGGCUAUUCCUCGAAUGACAUUAUCGUCUGCAAUUAUUGCAGGAGAAUCUUGACUCCUUGUUAGAUUUGACCUUAUACUAUUAAAUAUAUACUUGAACCGUUUGUAAUGGUAGUAGUAUACUUUUUCCCGGCACAAAAGUAAUAUAACUAGUCGGUAUUCAUCAUGUUCAUUCCUUAGAUACUCUAGUCACUAGAGUGGAUCUGCUUUUUAUUCUUUGAUUUCUCAUCUCAACACACAGGAAGCCUACAAAAGUACGUUUGUGUUGCAUCAGUUAACGUAAGGGAGAUGGCAAGGAAUUGCUUUCACCAUUUAGACUGCACGAGGCCUAGAAGAAAUGGCCACGAGGACCUCUGUGUUAGGCAUGAAAAUAAUAACAGAGAAAAUCUAGCGCAAGAAAAACUCGAGCAGACCAUCAACAUGGAUACAGAGGGUGCAACAGGUACUGACUAUGUACACUGGGAGAGCGCCAUUUUUAUCUGACUAAAUCUAAGUUUUAGUCUGAAGAUUAUAUCAUCCCGAGAUGACGUAUGAAUUAUAAACAGCAAAAUAGCCUGGAUUCAAUAUUUAUUCUAAGUCAUGUGAUGAAGAAAUAUAAUAAUAAUUUUUUUUUAACAUGUAAAAUUACAUCUCCUUUCAACUUCAACAUUAAAAGCAUUCAGUGAGCUGAAAAAAAGUGUAACGGCUGACUUGGUAUCAUAAAGAUUUAGUGUUUUAUGGGCACAGUUUAUCAUGGUUUCAAGUCGUUUAUUGUAGAUGUAGAUGAAACAAGUCGUUUAUUGUAGGUACAGAUAAAACUAGUCAUUUGUUGUAGAUAUAGAUAAAAAGGUAAUUUAUUUGUAGGUAUAGAUAAAACAAGUCAUUCAUUUAUUGUAGGUAUAGAUAAAACAAGUCAUUCAUUUAUUGUAGGUAUAGAUAAAACAAGUCAUUCAUUUAUUGUAGGUAUAGAUAAAACAAGUCAUUCAUUUAUUGUAGGUAUAGAUAAAACAAGUCUUUUUUGUAGGUACAUAUAAAACUAGUAAUUCAUUUUAGGUAUAGAUAAAAAGGUAAUUUAUUGUAGGUAUAGAUAAAUCAAGUCAUUUAUUGUAGGUAUAGAUAAAACUAAUAAUUUAUUGGGGAUAUAAUUUCACACAUAGAUUGUUUUUUUUUCUCCAUUUGACACGUUGUAUUCGAAUAAAGACAUAACUCGUCGGAAGUGUGAGAAACGUGUAACAUUAAUUUAUUUUUUGUUCCUUUGCCGAGCUCAUUAUUACUAUAAGUCUUCCAAAACAUUUUUAGAGAGCCUGCAUUUGCUCACUGUGAGACUGAAAUCCUGUAAGUUCAGAUCGUAUCAUCACUGUAUUGAAGAUCAGUGUAUUAUUCCCUGCGUCAUUGCUAUUUAACUUGUCUCGUUCCAGGUGGCGUUCAUUACGAGGAUGAAGAGCACCAAUCAAAUCAAAAACUACUUUCUAAGGUCACCGGAGCAACGGAAUCCCUCGAGGAUGAUGAAAGAGAUGACAGAGAGGCCGCCGGAGACUUUUCGCCUCAUCUGAAAGCACGAGCCCACAAGAAAUUGCCAGUUCCGAAAAAUCGUACGACAGCUGGGGAUGAGCCCAAAAAUGUUAACCAAAAUUAAAAUCGAUCGAUACUUUAUACAAAAAAAAAAAAAAAAAAAAAAAAAGGAAAUAAAAAUUUAAAAACAUUAAAAAAAAAUAAAAAAAAUCGAUCGAUACUUUAUACAAAAAAAAAAAAAAAAAAAAAAAUUGGAACUUAAAUCUUUAAUACCUUGUACAAAAAUAUAACGUGACAGGAUAUUAAACCUUGACCUUUAAGGAAACAAAAAAAUCUACAAUUUAAACAGUCCCUUAAAAUUUUUAAUUUUUAUUUUUUAAGCACAGUUUUUGUUUAAAAAGUAUGCCUACAAGUGUAUAUACAUUUAAUAUUGUUAAGAUCCCCCUAAGUGGUUUUCUUAAGCGUAUAAUUUUUAAAUGAUUACAUAGUGUAGUAGCUAAAUAUUUUUUUUUAAAACAAUGUAUUUUUGAAAUUAUGUCGGUCUUAACGUGAUCAAAUAUUACGCAUUUUAGAUUAAGCUUUCCUCUGACCCUCUAAAUUCUUUAUUGUUCUUUUGGCUCUCCUUUUGUCCUUUUGGCUUUCCCAGUACAAUCUUGAAUAUUCAUUUUCAAUGAGGCAAUUAUUUAUUAGUUUUAAAAUUAGAAAUUGUUGUAAAAUGUUUUGAAAUCUUUAGAGGAAUAUUGAAAUAUUAGUAAUGUACAGGAAAAUAAUAACAAACAACAAAAUUUUUUACAAUCCUGAAAGAGGCAGGUUCGAUUGCGUUAAAUAUGUUCUCCAUGCAUAUGUUCGGCCACAUUUCAACAUUUAAAAAAUAUUUUACAGUUUUUAUCCAUUGCGCUUUUAACUCUAAUAAUAAUAAUGUUAUCAUUUUUUUAUGCAUGUGAUAUGACAUUUACUAUUGAUUAUAAAGUUAUCAUUGAAUUCGCUAUUGACAAUAAUUGCAGAUAUGCCAGCUUGGAAAUGUCAUUUAUUUAUGAAAGUUUUAGCCGUUCACCGUUGCUGUCUAGAAUCCUCACUUUUUACUCUGUCUGCCUUGAUGUAAAAUGUGUUACGUCAUUUGAAUUCAAGGAAUGUACACCAAAAAAAAAAAAAGAUCUUGACCAAAGGUCUUAUAUAAAGUUACGCCAGCUAAUGUGCAUGCGGAAUAAUUUUUCGUUUUUAGAUGUGUAAAGUUGUAUUGCAAUUCCACCACUAUUUCUAAUCAGUAGUUCACGAAUGAAGGUCUCCGGAGUCAAUUGCACGUUAAAGCAUUUACUCACUUCAAAAAUGAGUCAAUAUUUUCUUUUUUUAAAUAGCACCUUGUAAUGUUUAAGGAUGUCUGUUAUUUUUUUUAAAAAAAAGGUUCAGAAAAAUUGUAGAAUUUAAAAUGUCAAGAAUUCAGUCUACAAAAGUGGACAGCGAAUGCUGGUCAAAUUUUGAAUCGCUUUAGUGUGCAAUACUUUGUCACCUGCAAAAUAUUAACCGGAUGUCUUAUUGAGAAAUACAGACAUGCACCAGGGAAUUUCUCCUUUUUAAAAAAAAAAAUGUCUUAUUUUACUCCCUUAGACAAAAAAAAAAAAAAAAAAAACGAUUCAUAUGUUUCAUUGCUCACUGCUCCGUGUUCUGUUUUAAAUAAAAAGUGGCACCUUGAUGAAAAUCGCGUUUUAAUCAGUUUAAAAUAGUUGAUGUUGAUCGUACUGGCGUAUUUAGAAAAGUAGAGAAAUCUCAGAGUCAAAUUACGAUUUCACUUUAACGGUUUCUUUUCUAAAUAUUAAAAGAAAGCACUUGGUCUACUGUAUUAUUGUUCAAUCCUAAUGUUUUCCAUGUUAUAUGUAUUGUCAUAUUGUUAUGUAAUAAUAUAUUGGCAAAACAUUGCUUAAUAUUUGAUAUUUUUUUAUAAAUCUUUUAAAUAAAACUGUAUAAAAAAAUUAUUUAAAAUUUUGUUAAAUUAUUUUACGUAGAUUUUAAUAUCUUUUGAAAUUUAUUCAAAUGUUAUAAUUUGUAAUACCCUUUCUAGUACUAUUUAGUAAUUUAACCCAAAAAAAAUUAUUUCAUGGACUUUUAUUAAAUUUACAUUUUAUAUUAAUCUUAACCCUACUUAAGAAUAUCCUAUCAACAAAUUAUCCAGUACUAAGAGUUUUAGUAAUGGAAACACUUUUUUCUUGACUAGUAAUUAUUUUAAACUUGUAUUUCAAUCAUUUUAUUUCAAGAAAAAACAAUUGACAAAAUGUUAGCAUUGCAUAAUAUAUUGUUCACUAAAGACAAAGAAAGACACAAUGAAGUAUUCUUGAGAUUUUCUAGCCUCUGUUAAAAACGUUGGGUAGCUUUCUUAAAAUAAUAACAACCUAACAAUAUACCGAGACAAUCAUUUUUAUUAAUGGUAAAUAAAACAGUCAUGAGGGACAGAGCAUUGGUCUCAACUCAGUGCUAUGUAUUUUAAAUCAUUCCACAUACUGUUAGUUCGUCCAUCUAAAAUCAAUAAUAACCAUUAAAAACAUCGAAAACUGUCUGUUGGGGCGCAGAUGGCUGAUCGGGUCCAUUUUAUCACGAAAUUGUGCAGAAGCUGCACGGCAUUCAGUCUCUGUGCACGGAAGAGCGUCACACGUCUCGACCCUGUGCCGACUGUUCCCAAUUAUCUGGGUUCAUGUGAAACGCUUUCAAAGAGUUUUCAUUGUGUCUUUAAAACGUUCCCCUGUCCCAUUAAAAACCGCUUGAAUUGCUUGAGUUCGACAUUAAGUAUUAUUUUGGGCUCGCGGUCGUCUGACUAAGUCACUAAGAAGUUUGCACCACUGUGUUACAUCAGCGUUUAGGACCCAGUCGUCGGCAUACGAAAAAUCCUGAUUAUGUCUAUGUCUAUGCUAGUACAUAGAUUGACUAAUUUCCAAGCCCAUCUUAUCAUUCUAUUUCAUAGGAAAAUAAUAUUUUAGCUAAGGUAAUUGUUUAUAACUAAAAAUACCCACCAAACAAUGGAGGGUUUUUACAUAGCGCUUUAUUUCAAUGUUAAUUAAAAGGAUGUAGAAGUUGUUUUUUCUACUGCAAUCCAGGCCAAAGCCGGGUAUAUUGGCUAGAUUAUAUUAUAAUAAUAAUAAAUUGUCAUUUUGUAACAUUUUUUUUAAAGGUAACUUUCACCAACUUAAAUUAGUGAAAUAAGUGUUGUUUGCGUCCAACGCUCUUAUUAUUAUUAUUUUUAAAUAUUAAUUAUUAUUUGACUUAAGUAUUUGUGUCAUCCUACAAUAUUCAACGAAAUUAAUUAUGGAGACCAUUUUGUCUAUUUACUUAUUCCAAGCUAAACAAAGGGAGGGUGCAUAAACGUGAUUUAAAGUUCUCGUUUGGUCGUUGAAGAAAACAACAAUUGGGGGAAAACCUGCGCGGUAGUUAAAUUAAAAUGUCGGCUUCUAUGUGUUUAGCGCGAGAGGUUUUGUCGAACACCCCGACACAUCAAACAUUGGCCAGGUCAUAUCAGGUCUAUCUACACCAGUGGUUCUCAACCUUCCUAACGCCGCGACCCUUUAAUACAGUUCCUAAUGUUGUGGCGACCCUCAGCUACAAAAUUAUUUUCGUUGCUACUUCAUAACUGUAGACCAUAAUAUGGGUUUUGAGAUGGUGUUAAGCGACCCCUGGGAAAGGGUCGUGCGACCCACAAAGGGGUCGCGACCCACAAGUUGAGAACCGCUGAUCUACACUGUGACGACGCCUACGCCAUGCCCCGUCACCGUGCUGUAUUUAACUAUGGAUUUACUCGCAAGUGUUAUCGUACGCCCCUUAAAAUGAUAUACCAACAACAGCGCUGAUCGGAGUGCUUACCGUAAAGCCUACAAAAGUCUUGGUAAACCAUAAUAAUAAUAAUGACACACCUUUAAAUAAUUUAUUCAUUAGAUAUUUUGGUUCAUAAAAAACACUUCCAGUUAUUUUAUUUAAGUCAUUUUUACUUUUUCCGGACACGAUUCAUGGGAAUACCCUGUUCAAUAUGAAAAACAAAAUGUAGUAAAAGAAAAAAGAAAAUACAAAAAAAAAAAAAUAUAUAUAUAUAUCUUAUAACUUGGACUGGGGAAUCCCCGCGUUCUGGCUUCUACUAAUUUUUUUUUCAAAACGUGUCUCUAUUUUUAUCACUCAUAAUAAUUUCUAUGAUUAAAAAGAGAAAUAAGCCUAUAUAAAGAGCAUAGGCCUAUAUUUUAUUUUCAAAUUUUAACAUUUUGAAGGCCAACUUCAACACCGAGCUCGUAUUUAGCUCAUAGCUCUAACAUCAACACGUCCGAGUCAUUUGAGCAGACUACUGAGGCAUGUUUCUGUUACCAAUUCUUAAGAAUGAAAACAUCUCCUGUGAUAUCAAAAAUGAUUUUAAUGCAGCUGCUAGUGUUCAUUGUUUUCACAAGUGGUAAGUGACUUUUCUCAAAAUCCUAACGAAUUUUAGCUGUUUAUAUAUUUUUUUUAAAUUUUAUUUUAUUAUUUUUUUGGGAACGUAAAAACAAACCAGACAAUAUUUAAGAAUUGAAUUCGUUAUUUUGUAACAUUAAAAAAAAACAUUAAUUAAUCCCUGAAUACUCAGAAUAUUUCAGACAAUAAUUAUUAUUAAUUAUGUUUUUAUUUCUUAUUAAUGAAAAACGUUAAUGCUAAAGGGUUUCUGAAGAAAUUAAAACAAAAAAAUUAAAAAAAAAACAACUAAAAAGCAAAGGGAUUUAGAUGGCGUCAUUGUAAUUUAAAUCAUGGCAAACUUUUGGUACCAUUGCAUCUAAGGUUACCGGAAACUUGAUCGAAAGAAAUUUCGUUGACGGUAAACUGAUCGACGGGAAUUUGAUUGAACGGAAAUUUGGUCGAAACUUUUUUUUCAGUUCACUUGUUAAAACUUUCGUCAAAUUUUAUUUUGAACGCACUAUACUACAUUAUCGUAAAACAAAAUCAGGCGUUCGAAAAGAAAUUUGAAGCAAAAUAUUUUAACGUAAAAACUGAAAAAAGAUUCGACCGAAUUUCCCUUCGAUCAAUUUACCGUCAACGAAAUUUCUUUCUAUCACAUUUCCGGAUACGUGUAUCUAACAAUGGUGUAAUAUAGGCGUCUUGUUUACGCCGUGAAACCCGUGCAUGAACUCGGGAUGACCCAAGUUCGGCGACAAUGGAUGUUGCUUAAUUAUAAAAUGUCUCCCUUGACCUUGACUACACUAUGCUAACAUAGUCUAUAGCAGGGGUCUCAAACUCAAAUCAUCCGGGGGCCGUAGGAGGAGGCAGGGUCUGAGUGAGACUGGGCCACAUCAAGUAUUCCACAAAAAUGCGAUUACAAAUUCAAUAAAGUACAAUUGUUCCAACCUGCUCAACCUUAAGUAACAACAAAUAAAAACAUUAAGGGUUCUCAAGAGCUAGGCUUCACUUUCUUCCUCCUAAAUGCUUGUUGCCAGAAACCUGACAGCGCAAGUGACCAAGCUGACAGGUUCGGAAAAUCCCUCACUCGUAAGUACUAGCGGCAAUUUUAAUAGGGAUUCUUUGAUACUGUGUCGGAUUGCCACCAUUUACACAGAAUAUGGCAUUACCCACUAACAAACCUUUUAAAAUUUUGAAAUUUUUAUAUAUAAUAUUAGAAACGUGUUUUCUCAAAACCGCACGUUGGCCGCCAUGUUUGUCACAUAAAAGGUUAAGAAUUAAAAACAUUUUUUUCCGAUUUUAAAACGGUUUUUACCACUGUAAUCAACGUCCCAAUCUAAACAAACAUAAUACAAAUCAGAAUUAGACUAAUCGAUGAGGUACGACUGAAACCGUCGCGGAGUGUCACAUUGGGAAAACUCGCUGGCCGCAUUAACACUAAAUUUGCUGUCAUGUCGCGGUCCGCAAGAUAUCGUCUUGCGGGCCGCAAAUGAACCGCGGGCCGCGAGUUUGAGACCCCUGGUCUAUAAUAUUUCGAAUUAGAAUUCUUUAGAACUUACGAGACAGACCGAGAUAUGGAUAUUAUUUGUGACCCCUUUUUGGAAAAGUCUCUAUGAAAGACUAUAAAUAACCUGAUCGACAGUGAGCUAGAAAGAGACUGAGAGAGAGAGAGAGAGAGAGAGAGUGAGAGAGAGAGAGAGAGAGAGAGAGAGAGAGAGGGAGAGACAGUUUUGAGAUUACGAUACUGUACUGAUGGUAUAUAGUGCACACUACAUUUACUGUGUGUAUGUGUGAACCUUCAAAAAUUGUUCUUCAUUACUUCAUUUAAUUUAUGGCAUGGGAUCGUCCUUUGUAAUGUACUGAAUGUGAGGAGCCAUAGAGUGAAAUAAGAGACUAAAUUCUCAGCACAUUAUAGCGGUACGUAAAAAUAGUAAUAAGGACAACUCCUUCUUGGCAGAAAAGAAAAUGAAAACGAAGUAUUUCUGUACUUAACAUUUGUUAUACCGUAUGCCCACCCAAUAUACAGUCGAAAAUUCCCGAAUCUUUCCCGGAUCAAGACAAUUUCGUAACGAUAAACAUGAUAACUGUAAUACUCCGUGCCCUCUUUUUAAAAUAUGUUUCGAAAUUUCUCUGCUCAUUUGUUCAACUGCAGUUUCAUUUUACGACCCCUUCACGUAUGAGCAUGACAAAAAUGUUCAACUACAAAUACUUUGUACUCCUUCGAGAGACCCAUUUCCGAACAAAAAAUUCACAAAAUGUCGUCCUUUUUCAGUUCUGGUAACACAUUGUCGAUUUGAGCUAAAGGUGUUAAAGAUGCGUCCGUUGUUUUUUUUUUUUUUUUUUGUACCGUAUAUUAUGGCGCAGAGAGUAUAAUAACUUGUUUAAGAACAACGAUGUCAAAGGUCAGGCUGACAAGAGUUCUCGAUUCUAAACGAACAUCAACGAGUGAAUAUAAGAAUAAGAAAGGGUAUUACCCGUAUUGCAUUGAAUUGAAAGGCGAACUUUCCCGAUAUGAUUAGAAUAUAAAUAAUAAUUAAAGGAGUGCAUUCAAUCCUAAUUCAUGAAAUAGCAAAACGAGGUGUGUGUGGAAGCUUGAAUUAGAGAACAGGACAAAAAGAUAAGAAUGUUUUGGCAUAAAGCCUUCUUCAGCGUACAGGACAAAUGAAAAUAUCACAAAGGCACAGUAAACCACUCAAGAAAUAUCCACUGUUGUC